AUGUCAAACGUAUGCAGAGACUUCUUUUCUUACACUUUGGAGUGUCUGCAAGUUAAAACACCAUAUUAUAUCCAACUCUGUGAAGAGAACAUUUACAGCUUUGAAAAGAGCAAAUCCGUUCGCUGUGCUUUCUUCAAAGAGAUUGCCCUGCACUGUGGAAACAACAGCUAUGUGUGGCAGAAAUGGAGAGCUAUAACCAAAUGUGCUGAGCCGACAUGUCCUGGAGACCUGGUUUAUAAAGAAGAGGGUAAUGCAUUUAUUCCCAGCUGCUCCAACCCUAACCCCAGCUUUUCCAGCCAGGCUAUCACCAGCACUUGUGUCUGUCCAAAGGGUAAGGUGCUUGAUGAUCACGCAGAAGACUUCCACUGCGUGAAUGUGACUAGCUGCCCCUGUGUCUUCUCUGGUAGGACUUACUUAACUGGAGACAUACGUAACACUAAGUGUCAGGCAUGUACAUGUGAUGGUGGAGGAUGGCAUUGCUCAGAGAAUUCCUGCCUAGGUGGAUGUGACAUUGAAGGGCAAUUUGUAACAACAUUCGAUGGCAAAAAAUAUGUUGUUCCUGGUAAAUGCACAUAUGUGGCCUCACAGGGCUUAAACUGGACAAUAAAUGUUGAAUUUUCUGGGAAGCAUGCAUCUAUACAAACAGUCGUUCUCCAGAUUUUCCAGGAAAUGUACACAUUCACACGCAGCAUGGUUAAAUUUGGAGACCAAGAAAUUACUGAACUUCAUCAGUCUGAUCAUGCCCUGGUUUUCUGGCAGUCCUCUAUGUAUGUUGAAGUCCAUACAUCCUUUGGUAUGAAGAUCCAAGUCCAGGUGUCUCCUGAAAUCCAACUUUGCAUUACACCACCAGGAAACCACACAGGCACGAUUUCAGGUCUCUGUGGCAACAACAACAAGGACACCACAGAUGACUUCACCAGCAGCAGCGGGAUCAUCGAGAACUCACCUGAACCUUUUGCGCUGUCCUGGAGCGUGGGCCGUUGUACGCCGAACAUACCGCCAACCUGCAUUAAUACCGACAACGAAAUAUUUGCUGAUGAAAAGUGUUCUGUCUUGAACAACCCAGCUGGGAUAUUUGCAAAGUGCCACGGCUACAUCCCAACUGAUCAGUUCCAUACGGCUUGCAUCCUAAGAACUUGUAACUGCGGUACCAAUUUGGUCCAGUGCUUGUGUGUUGCUCUGGGCAACUAUGCCAAAGCAUGUGCCAGUCUUGGAGUUGAACUUGGUGACUGGAGGAAGGCUACCAACUGCUCACUGACAUGUGAAAAGAACCAAGAGUUCUCCUACAAUGUGCGAGCUUGCAACCAUACAUGCCGCUCCCUGUCUGCUCCUGAUCCUCGCUGUGGGCAGGAAGACGCUCCCGUGGAGGGCUGUGGCUGCCCAGAAGGAACCCACCUGAACCAAGGACAAAUCUGUACACCGAAGACUGAAUGUGAUUGCCAUCAUCACGGCGGUAUAACGGCACCAGGGCCUGUUGUUAUCGAUGGACGACAGUGCAACUGUAAGAAUGGAGAGCUGCAGUGCUCCAAGGACUGUGGCUGCAGGAAUGGAAAGGUGUGCGUGCACUGCUCAGAAUACCCAGUUAACACAGCUCAGAAAACUUGCGACAGUCUCAGCAAACCACUGGUUGCCAGUGUGACUUGUGAGAGUGGCUGUUACUGCCCACAUGAUCAAUAUGAAGAUCACCAUGGAAACUGUGUAUCACGGGACAACUGCACCUGUGUGUACAGUGGGAAAGUCUUCAGGGCAGGAGAGACUGUUAAAACCAACUGUAAAAAAUGUGUCUGUGGUCAGGGUCAGUGGGACUGCACAGACGAGCCGUGUCCCGGGACAUGUCAAGUCUAUGGAAAUGGACAUUAUCAGACCUUUGACGCUAAAUGGUAUCGAUUUGGUGGUCACUGCCAGUAUACACUUGUAGAGGAUUACUGCAGAAGUCAAAACGGCACCUUUUCUCUCCGAGUGGAGAGUGUGCCCUGCUGUGAUGAGGCACUCACCUGUUCACGCUCCAUCAUACUGGACUUGCAGAGCAAAGUCACCCUUAUCCUGAAUGACAUGAGAGUGACCAAGCAAAUCCAAAAAGGCUGGACUUUGCAGCAAGAUCCACUUUACACAAUACACACAGUGGGACUCUAUAUCAUAAUCUCAGUGCCCAGCAAAGGUCUAACUCUAAUAUGGGACAAACACACCCGGAUCACCGUAGAACUUCAUCCAGACUGGAGGAACAGAGUGUGUGGCCUCUGUGGGAAUUUUGACUCCAAUGAGCUGAAUGACUUGCAGAUAAGUGGCUCAGCAGUGGUUUCUAGUCCAAUGGCCUUUGGCAACAGCUGGAAGGCAGCAACUCCCCCUUGUACUGAUGUGACCACUGAGAUAUUUCCAUGUGAACGCAAUUCCUACUGCUCGGCCUGGGCCCAGAGGCGCUGUAUGAUCCUUAAAGGAGGCACCUUCAAAGACUGUCACUUGAAAGUGGAUCCAGAGCCCUACUACCAUGCCUGUGUGCAGGAAUCCUGCUCUUGUGAGUUUGAAGGGAAAUUCCUGGGUUUCUGCACAGCUGUGGCAGCUUAUGCAGAGGCCUGCAGUGACCAGGACGUCUGCAUAGAUUGGAGGACACCUGAUAUGUGCCCAACUACUACUGUAACAUGGUCCCCCACCACCUCUGAACCAAACACUACAACUACUUCGGGUACCAGUGAAACAUGGUCAACAAUGCCCACUACUACAUCUGCAGCAACUACUAAAACUACAACUGGAACCACAGGGUCCAGCACCACUGCUGAACUUUCCACCACUAAACCAACAACUACUUUACCUACCACCAUUACCUCAAUAGCCCCUACAGAAGCUAACACAACUACAGCCACUAUCAGCACACUCUCCACAUCACUGUCAACUUCUUCAACAUCCGUAACUCACUCGACACACCCUACAACAGUAACAGAGUUUACAACAGAGACUCCCACUGAAUCUGCUAGUACUGUACUUUCAACCUCUUACCUACCUACAAGUACUUCAUUCCUUAAUGCUUCAACAACAUGGGCCACAGAAUCAGAGCCGACAAACACAGUUAUACCAACAUAUGUCUCAACACCUCCACCAUCGACAAAACAUACGCAGCCAACAGUCACUACACUUCAGUCCACCAGCACCUUUGCAACCAAUUCUACAUCUGCUGUAACCUCAGAUCUGACAGCAAUAAGCACAGAAGUUCCCACUGUAUUUACUACAACCACCCAACCUACUACCUCCCACUCUGAAUCAACAACAUCUAAAUCUACGUCGCCACUGAUAACUAAUACUGUGACAACAUCUGGACAAACAGAAAUAACAGAAACAGCUGCUACAACAAUGGGAACCCAUAGCACUUCAGUAGGCACCACAACAUUUUCAUCUAUUAAUACAGAAUCCACACCCGAAAUUAACACAGGACCCCCAAUCACAACAACACCACCUCAGAACAACUCCCAAGUAUUUCCCACAACAUUUGGAACACUUCAGCCGACAAGCACGUUUGCAACCAAUGCAACAACUGCAGUAACGUCAGUCUGUAGAUGUGUAGACCUGAAGAGUAAAAAAAGCUGGAUUUGUGGGGAGACAUGGACAGAGGACUGCUUUGAUAAGCGCUGUGUUGGUGGAAAGAUAGAGUUGACCCCAGUGGUUUGCCCAAAGUCUACAGCUCUGUCCUGUCCCAGAGAACGGGCCAUAAAGGUCUCGGAUGGAUGCUGUGAAACAUGGAAAUGUGACUGUCACUGUGAGCUGUUUGGGGAUCCCCACUAUGUUUCUUUCCAAGGAAUACCCUUUGAUUUCUUGGAUCAGUGCUCCUACAUCUUGGUUGAGGAGCAGUCACCACGUCAUAAUCUGACCAUUGCUGUGGACAACUUUUAUUGCGUGCCUGGCCUGCAAGGCUCCUGUGCCAAAGGACUCAUUCUGAAAUAUCAAAACAAUGUAGCUGCACUCAACAUCAACACACAAUUGUUUGUAGUACAGGCUACACUGAACAAUGUGACAGUCCAACCACCAUAUGAAGAGAAUGGUUUUAGAUUUGAGACCACGGGGUACAUGGUGUCAAUUCAUCUCCCAGAGAUUCGUUCUUAUGUCUCCCUCACUCCAUUCUAUAGCCUGGUUGUGAACCUGGCCAUGGAGCAUUUCCUCAAUAACACCCAGGGACAAUGCGGUGUGUGUGGUGGAGCAUCAUGUAUUCGUAAAGGAGGGCAGAUUGAGGAUGACAGCUGCUGUGAUAAGACGGCCUAUGACUGGGUGUAUCCAGAUCCUCUGAAGCCUGCCUGUAAUUCUGCACCAAGGGAUGUACCCUGUCUUCCUGGGCCAACCUCAGCACCUCCUCCCCCACCUCCGCCUCCCUGCCCUCCAAACCCAUUAUGUGAAUUUCUACUCCACCCCGUCUUUGAAAACUGCAGCAACUACGUGGAUCUAAACCUUAAAAAGAAGAACUGUGAGUUUGAUUCAUGCAGGAACCUAAAUGGUUCUUGCUCAUCUCUGGAGCAAGUUGCAGGAGAAUGUAAAAGCUUUGGUUUCUGUAUUGACUGGAGAGGACUGACUAAUGGAACCUGUGAUGUGCCAUGUCCAGAAGGAUUGGUUUACAGAGAAUGCAGCACAAAGUUGGAUGACUUCUGCUAUGGAGGCGUGCGCUAUCCAGGAGCUUUGCUUGAAAAGAAAAGCACAGGUUGUUUCUGUCCCAGCAACCUGGCCAGAGCAGGAAAUCACUCGAACAUCUGUUUGCCUGUUUGUUCCUAUUGCAAAGGACCAAGUGGAGAACCUAAACUUCCUGGUGAAGUCUGGCAGUCCAACUGCAAACUGUGUACAUGUAACAACCAGACUAUGACUGAAGAGUGCUUUCCACCACCUCCUAAGCCAGCUCCCCUCUGUGGCCCCAAUGCAGUUUUGAUAAACACUUCCUGCUGUGGUGAUGCGAUUUGUGUUGACAAGACCUGCAGUUAUAAUGAGAAGAUAUACAAGGUGGGAGAUCGGUGGACAGAUCCUGCCCAUCCCUGCAGGUCACUGAAGUGCAGUAAAGAAGGCAUUCAGACUGAGACCAAAGUCUGCUCCAAUGAAAGCUGCUCUGAGGAGGACAGAAUCUGGGAUGACCAACACUGCUGCUUUACAUGUAACCAGGGCUGUGCUGCUAGGAUGUCCACCCUCAACAUCACUGUAGAUAACUGCACCACUGUCAUGCAGAUGCCUGUGUGUCAGGGGAAAUGUGAAUCUCAGCCAAGGGUGGAGUUAGAUGGUGAUCUGUUGGAGCAGCGCAACACAUACUGUCUGGACUGGAUAUCAGAGAGGAGACCAGUGACUCUGCUUUGCUCUGACCUCAGUACGAGACAAUACUACUACAAGCACAUCACCAGCUGUGCUUGUAGAUCUUCUGGCUCAAGCUGAAAAAUAAAACUCAGAUGAAAGAAAGAAUUAUCCAUUAGAUUGUCACAUGAAAA